ACCGGCCUUUCGUCUCCCUCCUUCCCCGCUGUCCGCCACCGGAGAUUGCAGAAAGCAGGAAGGAUGCGAGCGUUUGUUAAGCUUGUCGCUCCGCUUUCUCCAUUCCCACUCAGAAGAGCGCCGCUUCACCCAAUUCGAAGGGCCUUAGGGCUCACACGAGGAUCGCAAAUGAGCUCAGAAGAUAGAAAAAUGGGGGAGCUCGCGGCGUACCUUGACUCCCUCAAGAACUACGAGAAGUCGGGUGUGCCCAAGGGCGCGGGAUCGGAUUCGGAUGAUGGGUUUGAUCUCGACCGGAUGAGGAGGCUCCUUGGUCGGCUCGGGAAUCCUCAGUCUAAGUUCAAGGCAGUUCAUUUUGCUGGGACGAAAGGGAAAGGAUCUACUGCAGCAUUUCUGUCCAAUAUCUUAAGGGCAGAAGGCUAUCGCGUUGGUCUGUACACCAGUCCACAUAUUCGAACCAUGAGAGAGCGAAUAGUUGUGGGAAAGCUGGGUGAGCCGGUACCAGCACUGACUUUAGAUGGCCUUUUUCGUCGGAUAAAAGAGAUCCUUGAUGAGUCGAUAGAGAUUGAAAAUGGGUCACUCAGUCAUUUUGAGGUUUUCACUGCUAUAGCUUUUGCCCUGUUUGCACAAGAGAAUGUCGAAAUUGCAGUUAUAGAGGCAGGCCUGGGCGGUGCACGUGAUGCCACAAAUGUCAUUUGCAGCGCAGAACUUCUUGCAUCAGUCAUUACAACUAUUGGAGAGGAACAUUUGGAAGCUCUAGGAGGAUCCUUGGAGAGCAUAGCAGUGGCAAAAUCGGGAAUAAUUAAGCACAGUCGUCCGGUUGUGUUGGGCGGCCCCUUUCUUCCACAUAUUGAGCAUAUUCUUUGUGAGAAAGCAUCAUCAUUGUGUUCACCAGUACUUUUUGCAUCAGGCAGUGGCAACAAAAGUGCUAUUAAAGGCAUUAGCAUGAUAAAUGGGAGGCCUUGUCAGUCCUGUGAUAUAUUGCUAAAAGUCGAGGGGGACUUCGAGCUUUCUGUUCAGUUGUUGGAUGUGAAAUUAGCAAUGCUUGGCGAUCAUCAGCUUCAGAAUGCAGCAACUGCCACUUGUGCCGCGCUGUGCCUUCGUGGUUCAGGAUGGAAAGUUUCUGAGGAGGCUAUUAGAGCUGGUUUGGAGCGCACUUACUUGCUUGGGAGAAGCCAAUUUUUGUUGCGCGAUGAGGCUUCAAAGUUAAAAUUGUCAGGAGCGACAGUACUGUUGGAUGGAGCACACACGAAAGACUCUGCUAGAGCUCUAGUUAACACAAUAAAGAUGGUCUUUCCUGCCCCGAGAUUGGCCCUUGUCGUUGCAAUGGCUAGUGAUAAGGACCACAUUGGAUUUGCAAAGGAAUUUCUGUCAGGCACACGAUUAGAGGCCAUCUUUCUAACUGAAGUUGAUAUUGCUGGAGGGGACAGCCGUACAACUUCCUCUGCUUCCUUAAAAGAUUGCUGGAUUCAAGCAUCUGAGGAACUUAGUUUCAACACCCUUCAUGAUAGAAUGCCUGAAUAUCAAGAACUAUUUGGAGAAAAGCUUGGCGGUUCACCCCAUAUGGAAUCGGAUAGUAGAACUGUAUUGGCCUCGGGCCACUCAUUAGCUGAUUCAAUGGAGAUUGCCAAUCGAAUACUCAGGAGAAGAUGGAGUGGAAAUUCGGGUGUGAUUGUAGUCACUGGAUCUCUGCAUGUAGUUUCAUCAGUCUUACAAUCUCUGGAUUCCUAGCCCCUUUCUGUUUUUGCUAAACUCUGUUGAAUUGUUGAAUCAAUGUCUUGGAUAAUCCUCAUCUUGUCAUUUACUGUUUA